UUUCAGGUAGAGUAUGAAGAAUGGGAAGAAGUGAACAGAGAACUCCGGCACCAUGGUUUUCCUCCAAUACACCUCAUACAUCCUGGGGAAGUGGGCAACAUACCAGGGGUUGUUGUCCUUGAUGCUGCUAUGACAAAAUCUCUCCGUGAGAGCUUCCUCACCUUAAUGUCUGACUGUGACAGAAGACAGGAGCUGGUCCAAGAUCUCAUACUCACCAAUAACCAGCUUAAAGAAGACCUGCGCCACCAGAGUAGCCUCAGUGAUGGCUAUGAGAACCAGAUCAAAGACCUUAAGAUCAUGGUGGAGAGCCUGCAGUGCAAGAUACAGGACCUUGAGGGCAGCCACAGCAGCAAGAACCAUGUGCUUGAGGAGGAGGGAGAGAGACUGAAAAACACCAAGACUGCCAUCCACAUCAGGUGUAAACAGCUGGAGAGCAAGUGUGCCCUACAGCAGGAAGAAAUGGACAGAUUGACUGAGAAAAUAAAAAGGAUGAAUGACGAGGAUGAGGCCAGAAAGAUGAGACAGAAAGAGGUCUUCCAACAGUUCAGGAGAAAAACCACAAGGCCACAGUCCAAAAUAGAUGAAAAACUCCUUGAUGUGAUUGAUGCAUAUGAAGGCCAGAUAUUCACAUUGAGGAAGGAGUUGGAUAUGCUUCGGCCUGCUGGAGAACAUAAACAGGAGACAGCAUUUGAUGCCACUGGAAACUAUAAAGCUCUCAUACAGGCAUAUGAGAAACAACUUAGAGAAUCCAAGAAAAAGUAUAAAGCUUUAGAAGAUCAGUCUGAGGUGUUGAAAUUAGAACUUGAUGCCAGGCCUGAUAUCAAAGACUACAGAGCUGCACAACAGAGGAUCAAGAAACUGGAGAAGAUACUUAGAAUGCACAAUAUCAGUCUUCCUGGAGAAAAACAGACAGGUGUCAAAUAUGUUGAUGAAAGCAAAUACAGCACACAAAUAGAUGAUAUUGACUAUUUGCCAUUAGACCUAUGCAGGAAAUAUCUUUGGGGUACCUGUGAAUGUCUUGGUGUAUUUGACCUCAGGCAUAUAACUCCAAAGAUUGAAAAGCAGCAGAAUGCAGUUGAGGCUUUUCCAAGACUUGAACAGUUUGCAAAAGAUGUACUGAAGAUUGUUAAUUCUGAAAGAGCCCCGAAACUUAAAGACUUUGCUCAGCGCACAUCUCACAAACGAGAGCAUGCAGUCUGGUGUGAAAGGACAUGGAGUCAUGUUCUACCCACUCUAGAAUUCUGGGUGCAGGAGCUUGCCUCUCUUAGAGAGUUGCAGCAAUCUGUGAACAAGCUGUCAACCAGGCUCGCACCCUUCACGUACCGUAAGCUGGUGGGGGACGCCAAAGUCUCUCAGAUCAUUUCAGCCAUUGAUGCCUUGACCUUUGAGGGUGGCGUGUCAGAGGAGCCAGACGGCACAGAGCUUCCUUCUGGCACAGUGCUGAAGAACAUAGUGGAGCACUUCCAGAACCUCUUUGAUGUGGAAUCUGUGAAUGGAGUGUAUCCCAGAAUGAACGAGAUCUACAGCAAGCUUGGGGAGGUCCACAAUGUGCUUAGGUCUCUCAGAGAUCUCUUAGGACUGCCUGAAGAUGCCAAGUCCACUGCCAUAGUAGAUGCUGUGGGUAAACUGUGUCAGCAGCACACCAGCACCACCUGGAGGCAGCUGAAACAACUAUUGGAGGAGGAAGACCUAGAUAGUGUCCGUAAACGCCUGGAGCAGCAUGAUGAAUUCUUCCCAGUUUUCCAGGAAAUGAUGGAUAAACUCAUGGAUAUUCUAGGUGUCAGUCGUAUAGACCAGGUCAUCCCAGCUGUGAGAGCUCUGAAGUUGUUAACAGAAUGAUCAGCCAGCCACACCGACUUGUAUACAAGCAUAAUAAGAAUGAUGAUUAUAAUGGAAUGAAACUGGACAUGAAGACACAAAAUGUUCUGUACUGGACUGCUGAACAUUCAAUAAAUUUUUAU